GUCAGUGAGUUUUGCUGGUAGGUCUACGUGGUGAGGAGUGGGACUGUCCUGUCGUGCACCUAUCACCAUGGAUGAUUACCCGAUGUAUCGGUUGCUCGUGGGGUUCUCCCUUUGGGGGACCCUUUGGCGUUUCAUUUUCCCAUUGGGAUUCUGGAACACGCUUUCGUGUAGGGUAGAGACACGUACGGGGACGGGUACCUCGCCCUAUACGGUCGAGCAGGAAGCAAAGGCCGCCGCGAUCCUGAAAGAGACGAAAGAGAAGAAAGAGGCCAAGAAGAAGGCCCUACAGGAGGCGCAGGCGGCGAAGAAGAAGAAGAAGAGGCUGAAGAAAGAAGAAGAAGAAGCAAAGUUAAAAGAAGUGGAAGAGGAAGAAGAAGAAGAAGUAGAAGAGGAGCCACUGGAGAGAGGGAGAAGAGGAAACAGAGGGGAGUCCAGUGAGACAAAGGAAGACUUGAUGGAGAAGAAGAUUUCAGAGUGGGUUGCAGGACUGACCCUGGGAGAGGACGAGGAGGUGUUAAUGUAUGUGCCCAGGGACGAGCAGGAGGCGGCCGUGCGAGAGUGGGAAGCUGAAGGAGACCCACUCAAGCGGCAAGUGCUAGAAGGUGAGAAGAGGAUGGAGUGGAAGUUUCGCCUCACUAGGGAGAGGAAGAGAAGAAUGGAGGCGGCAACAGAGGCGGCGAAAGAGUUGGAAGAGACUCGGAAGCAGAGGGAUCAGAUGGCGGUCCAAGUAGAUUUAUUGGGGAAGGUAGAGAUCCUGGCCAAGAACGUGGAACGCCUGGCAAAGGUCCAGGAGGAGAAGCUUUUAUUUGUGCAUUCGAUACGGUCGGGACUUAGGGACUUUGCUCGAGAGUUGGCAAUGCAGGUGGGCUCGCAUGUGACAGCCCGCCUCGAAGGCACUGAACGAUACUGUGUUGGUGCCAUUGAGGGCGCCAAGUUGACUGCCCCAAAGGAAGAAGAAGCACGACCCCGUAGAGAGCCGGUCAAAGUUAAGUUUCCUGAUUCCUACAGUGGAAAGAAGGAAGAGAAUUUUGACAACUGGGAAGCCAAUGUUAAAACAUACGUGCACCUGCAGAAGGUGUCCCCGAUGAGCAGGUCCUAAUCACCAUCCAUGCGUUAAAGGAAGAAGCCGCCAGUUUUGCACGCUCCUUAGUCCGCGCUGCUAAUUGCAG